AUUCUUUACCUCACCGUCCCACUGGCUGGCACUGACCUUCCAAAUUUUCGUCACACAAAAUAAUACAUUCCAAAAUAUUCACAAACCAUUCCAAAAUUUUUCCCUUGCCUUGUAUAAACCAUCUUCUCCAUAACCCCAAAAUUCUCCAUCCUUAACAAAAUUACAAUGGCCUCAAGACAAUCUUCAAAACAACCCAUUAUUUCCCCAUGGAGAAAAAUCUACACCAUCUCUCUGUUCCUCUUCCUCUGUUUUUUCUCUUACUUACUCGGCCUCCGCCAACAACAACAACCCUCCGCCGCCUUCCUCCGUUGCACCACCGUCCAAAAUAUCACCAUCACCGCAAAACCCAACGACUAUUUUCCGGCAUGUGGGUUGGAGUACAGCGAGUACACGCCGUGCGAGGACACGAAAAGGUCCCUCAAGUUUAGCAGAGACAGGUUGAUUUACAGAGAGAGGCACUGCCCGGAAAAGGAGGAGGUUUUGAAGUGCCGUAUUCCGGCGCCGCCUGGCUACCGGAAUCCGUUCCCGUGGCCGGUGAGUAGAGAUUUGGCGUGGUAUGUGAAUGUGCCGCAUAAGGAUCUGACGGUGGAGAAGGCUGUGCAGAAUUGGAUCAGAUAUGAAGGCGACACGUUUAGAUUUCCCGGCGGAGGGACGAUGUUCCCCGACGGAGCUGAUGCGUAUAUUGAUAAUAUUGGGAAAUUAAUUAAUCUCAAAGAUGGGUCCAUCAGAACCGCCAUUGAUACUGGCUGUGGGGUGGGAAGUUGGGGAGCUUAUCUACUAUCAAGGGACAUUGUAACGAUGUCGUUUGCACCAAGGGACACUCAUGAAGCCCAAGUUCAAUUUGCUUUGGAGAGGGGAGUUCCUGCACUCAUUGGCAUUCUUGCCUCUAAGAGGCUCCCUUAUCCUUCAAAUGCCUUUGACAUGGCUCAUUGCUCUCGCUGCCUCAUCCCUUGGCCACAAUAUGAUGGGAUCUUCCUUAUCGAAGUCGAUCGAGUUCUACGCCCCGGCGGAUACUGGAUUUUAUCAGGCCCUCCAAUCAACUGGAAGAAACACUGGAAAGGUUGGGAAAGAACAAAGGAAGAUUUGAAUUCUGAACAGCUUGCCAUUGAAAGGGUAGCCAAAAGCCUGUGUUGGACUAAACUAGUGGAAGAUGGUGAUAUUGCCAUUUGGCAAAAGCCCAUCAAUCAUUUGAAUUGCAAACUCAAUCGCAAGAUCACCAAGAAUCCACCUUUCUGUAAUGCCCAAGAUCCUGACAAAGCUUGGUAUACAGAUAUGCAAGCUUGUUUGACACACUUGCCUGAAGUUUCAAACAGUAAGGAAAUUGCAGGAGGAAAGUUGGCAAGAUGGCCAGAAAGGCUAAAUGCAAUCCCACAAAGGAUAAGCAGAGGAACUGUGAAAGGGGUGACAGAAGAAACUUUCAUUCAUGAUUCUGAACUAUGGAAGAAGAGGUGGUCAUAUUACAGAACCAUCAACAAUCAGUUGAAUAGGCCCGGUCGGUACCGUAAUUUCUUAGACAUGAAUGCUUUCUUGGGUGGAUUUGCUGCUGCUCUGGUUGAUGAUCCAGUUUGGGUGAUGAAUGUGGUCCCUGUGGAUGUCAAAGUCAAUACGCUCGGAGUCAUAUACGAUAGGGGUUUGAUCGGCACGUAUCAAGAUUGGUGUGAGGCAAUGUCUACUUAUCCAAGAACUUAUGACUUCAUUCAUGCUGAUUCAGUUUUUAGCCUCUACGAGAAUAGAUGUGAAAUGGAAGAUAUUCUACUUGAAAUGGACAGAAUUUUGAGACCAGAAGGAAGCGUAAUCUUCCGAGAGAACAUCGACGUUUUGGCGAAAAUCAAGACGAUAACCGAUAAGUUGAAUUGGAGCAGUCAAAUUGUGCAUGAUGAAGAUGGACCUUAUCAUAUGGAAAAACUUCUUUUUGCAGUCAAAAACUAUUGGACAGCACCUCCUGAACUUUCUGAUCAACAACAAGGAUCUAAAGCAACUUAACCACUCACUCACUUUCCUUUUUUUUCUUCUCAUAUCUAUAUUUUUUGUGUACUUUUUUUUUCUCUUUAUGCUUAUUUACCAUCAAGAAUUAGCAAAAACCAGCUGUUUUCACCAAAUUUGAAUUGCUUUUACAGCCA